AUGCGGCGGAAUAUCAAAAGCCCACAUCAGCGGCCUGGGGCCCCCAUCUGUAUUAGAGGGGUAUUCUCAGGGGCCCUUGGGAAUCACUUAGGAGUCCGCAUUUCUAGCCGGCCGCUGCAGUCUGACUGGUCUGGUGAGGCUCGUCCUGCUCGCCCAGCCCCAUGUGUGCUGGCAGUGGGGUGCAAAGCUGCGCAACUGCAAGAAAACAGCAGCAGCAGCACUGGCGGCAGUGGCAGUGGGGGCAACAGCGGAGCCAGCUGCAGCAGCAACGCUCUACAUACCAGCAGCAUCACAGAUACCACCACUGCUCGCAUCAACCCAUGUACAUCUUUAGGGAACAGAAACAUCUUGGAUAGAAGGGGAAGUAGGGCCCCCCAGAGACAGAACUCUCAGCCCGCUUGCGUUUCCAGUUUAGGAUGCUUCAGUUCACAGCAGCAAUUCACGGUGGUCGUAGAGGACCCUAUCCCCAGCAUUCCUAGCAGUAGCAGCAACUAUAGCAGCAGCAGCACCAGCAGCAGCACCGGCAGCACCCGAUUUAGUUCACAGCAGUGGCAUCCAAGUUGCAGCAGCAGACCUGAAGGCCCCCGAGGAGACGGCGGCAUAUCGCAGCGACCAGUGACAGAAGAUUUCGCUCGCCUAAGCAGUAGCACGACCUGCUUUCUCCGCAGCUCUCGCGCGAGUUCACUUUGGCAGGAAAGUGGCGAACGCGACCCUGCAGCAGCAGCAGCAACAACAACAACAACAACAGCAGCAACAGCAGCAGCAACAGCAGCAGCAACAGCAGCAGCUCUAGAGAAGCCUCUUGAGAGCCCCAUGCUUGACGUGGUUGCCAUUAAAGCAUCAGCCGCUGCAGAUGUUGCUAUUGCUGCACACGAAGAUGCAGCCAACAAGCAACUGCUUCGAUGUACGCCCAGAGGCACAAGUGAGGAGCCGGGGUUAACAGCUGGCCAACGCCGAAAAACAGAUAACGUAGAGGCUUCAUCGAGCCUGUCGUGGAGAGGAGAGCCCAAACAGGAAGAAACAAGACAGAUUAAUGCUCUGUUGAAAGCAGAACAAGAAACAUGCGCCAAGCUUGAGCAUGCAACAGGGCCGCUCCAGACUCAUUCCGAGGAGAGCUGCAAGCGUCCACUAAACAUGCAGGGCCUUCCGGAGACCUCAGGCACUCAUUUCGGCAGCAAUAAGUUCACCACCAGUGGCAGCAGCAGCUGCUGCAGCGAUAGCAGCAACAACAGUGCCUGCAUUCCCCAGGAUAAGGGAGAAGUGUGUGGCGAAGGUAGAACUAGCACAGGAAGCAGCAGCAGCAGCAGCUGUAAGCGUAGCAGCAGUUUUGCCGUUUCAGGUAUUACCUACAAGUUGCCAGGCCUCGCUAGAGUGCCUAAUCUCUGCAUUCUCUCUCUACGGCAGCGUGAUACGCAGCUCCUAUCAAAAGGAGACAACGCUGAGAGGGGGCUGUUGCUGCAAGCGGCUCUGCCUCCUGCAUCACCAGCAGCAGAAGCAGCAGUAAACGAAAGCAGGCAACAUCAGCCUGAGGCCCCAGGGGCCCAUCAAGCCCUUGACGUCCAUUGCAUUUCGGAGGGCUCACGGAGGCAUUGCCUGCCGGUGGAGGUAAGCAGACGCAGCAACAGCACCAGCCCCCACAACAGUAGCAGCGCCGGUCAGUUUCGGACGCACAACAGCAGCAGCAGCAGUAGCAGCAGUAGCAGCAGCAGUAGUAGCAGUAGCAACAGUAGCAGCAGUAGCACCGUUACCGCCAAAUAUGAAGAAAGCGACGGGCCUCAACAAGAUGGGCCAGCAUGUUACAACGGAAACCAAUUAUGCAGCAGCAGGAGCAACAACAGCAGUAGCAGGAGCGCCCAUACCAACAGCAACAGCAACAGCAACAGCAAUAAUAACAACAGCUCCAGUUGCCUCGACAACUCGAGCAACGGUUGUGCCUCUCACGGCCCGUAUAGAUUGUUUGCCAGUUCUUUUGCGGGUAGCCGCCCAGAGAGUCUUAGAAUGGCAGAUCCCUCAGCUAGUUUGAAAGACUCCGCCGUUGCAGCAGCUGCAGCAGAUAAAGUAGCCAAAGCCAAAGAAAGCCAACGUGGAAACCGUAUUCUAGGGCGGCCUCAUCUGAGUUCAGUAGGUUGCUUUGGAGGCUGGCGAAGGAUGCAGGGCUGCAAGGGAAGGGGUACUCUCCGUAGGGUCCCUGCUUCGGGAGUUGCAGCUGUGAGGGUUUUGUCUGCACUGGGGGCCCCCAAGGGGGGCCUCCGGCACGACACUGCCAAAGACGACGGAGCUGAAUCCCCGGCUAGCAGCCGCAGCAGCAGCGACAAUGAAGUGGGCCCUAAUAAGACAGCUACAGGGCCCCUUCCGAGGACAACAGAAGCCCUGACCGGCGGCUCCCCCGCAUCCGUCAACUCUUCCGAGGGUGCUUCUGCUGACCUUUCCUGGCUUUAUUCUGUUACGGGAAUCCGCGACUCAUCGGAGGCGAAUUUAGUUGACGCAAUUGAGCUGAUAAUGGACAGGGCUUUGGGCCCCAGGACCCUGGGGGCUUUGGGGACCUUUGGAUGUCUGCGGCAGUUGCGGCUGGUGCAGCAGCAGCUGACCUCUCUCGACUUCGUUGCAGUUUGCAAAAGUCUGCAGCUGCUGCACCUUCCCGAGAACCAAAUAGACCGGCUUGAAGGAAUCCAGAACUGCAAAUUUCUAGAAGAGGUCGACCUGACUGGCAACCGUAUUGCUGACUUGGGCGUCAUCGUAACGCCUCCAAAUGCACAGAAAGGGGCCCUUCCCGGGGCACCUGAAGACCGGACCGCCAAACAGGCCGCACAGGGUCCUCUACAAGCACUGCAGCGGCUACACACGCUUCGACUAAACAGCAACCGUCUGCGUAGUCUCCGAGGCCUUGAGGGCCUCGCGAACUUGCGGGUGCUGCAGGUGGCCGACAACGAGCUGACGCAUGUGGGUGCAGCUCUUAGCAACAACAGAAAUCUUGAACAUAUUAACGUUGCAGCGAAUCAUGAGCUGUGCGGAGGUGCAUCUUUCUUUCGAUGGCUGGCGGCUGAAGUGCGGAAACGAAGAGAGGCAAUUCUCAGCACUCGCAAGAAAGAGUUGGAGCGAUUCGGAAAUAUUCAUCUCGAACUGGGGGACCCCAGUAAGACCUGGUAUCGUCGAGCUGCAGAUUGCUUGGUUCGAUCGUUCCACCCGGACGAUUUCGUCGAUUUCGGAUUUAAAAGCAUUGAAAUCAAAAGUGUCCACCGGAUCGUUAACAGAGAGGCUGAAGCAGCUUUCGACUUGCUCAGGAGCGCAUGUGCUGUGGAAAGCACUGGGGACUGGGUGCUAUGCGGCGCCAAUCCCCGCCAGCCAUGGGGCCUGCUCAAGCAGAGCACCUCCGGCAUGUACGGGGAUUUGUUCUCGCAAAGAAAUGGGCUCCAUAGUUGUCCUCUAAUAGCCGCGUCAAACGGCUUAGCAGACGCAGACCUGCCCCGUCUUCAUUACCUGGCCUCAAAUGAAUCAUUCCAGGCGAUUGCAAGGCAGACGCUUGAACUGGCUAAAGCGAAUGCAGCGUUGCCUGAAGAUAUUCCCUGUGCCGAUAUGUCUCCCACGAAGGUCGAGGGCCCCUACAACCAGGAAGGAGGGGAGCCACUCAACAACUCUGUUGUGCAGCAGGCAGUUAGAGAUGGCCAGCUGGCGCUUCCUGAUGGGGAAGUUCUGCUCUGUCGGUGUCUUCUUCAUGAGUCCAUGCCAGAUACCCCUGUAGGGUAUACACAGCAGGAAAUUCCAAGUCUGAUAGAACAGGGGCCCUCUAAAUGCACUAUCAGCAAAGCCGAAGAGCAAUACACUGCACAGACACCUCCGGAGCUAGCAGCAGCUGCAGCAGGAGGUGCAGCGGCAGCAGCUGCAACUGGAGGAUCACAAGACGCAGCUAGGGCAGCGAGUGCUCGGCAGCCCAGGGAAGAGACAGAAGGAUUUCAAGGGACUAAGACAGCCAUACAGACACAGAACUUGGAUGAGGCACCCCAGGACCCUGCUGUAGGCCCAGCCGGUUACAAGUCAAAUAAUGCAGCAACCUUUCAGCACAGCCAUUCAAAUACCAAGGGACAAGAUCCGCACGGCGUCUCUCCCUUCCUAGACCUUGUCAACAUGGCUAAGCACCUUCUGUCUAUUCACGUAAGGGAACUGACGAAAUGCAAGAGGACACAAGAGCUCUUUGAAGCAAGGGGUCACAACGAGCGUGUUUCUGAAAUCUCCGAGGAGAGUUUGCGGACGAAGGCUGUAAUGUGCCCUUGCUGCAUAUCGACAGCUCAAGAAGUUGUUUUUGGCGAAAGCCACUUGCAGCAGGUCCUCCUACAGGACUAUGGCUGCAUUCGCCACAUGUAUCCACUAGGAUCCUUGGGGAGACUGCAGAAGGCCCCUACGGAACCUGCAGCAGCUGUCUGUGGAGCAGGAGACUGCAAGGCGCAGCUAGACUGCAACGGAGACGUUCUCUCUUUGAGCCUUAGUAGCAACGCACACCUCAUUGCGCUAAGCCGUGGGGUUCUACUAAGUUUUCAGAGGCUUCGGGUCCUGCUGCUGCCCCUUAACGGUCUGCGCAACUUUGAUGCCCCUGGAGAGCCUUCAGCAGCUUCAGCGCCCCCGCGGUCCCCGAAAGACUCUUCUUUAGGAGCCCCCAGUGAAUGCAGCAGGAUAGAGCUGCCUCAGCUGCGGGUACUAGAUUUGAGUUUCAAUGAGCUCUGCACCCUCGACGGUUUCUGGGGUGCCCCCCGUCUGCAGCAGCUGUGCCUCGUUGCUAACCACUUGCUGCUCUUGUCUGAUCUUGCGCCAGUCGGGACUGCUGCACCCCAACUACGGCAGCUGUGGCUUGCGGGGAAUCCUUUGCACAUGGGCUCGCACAGUUCGCACCAACUCCAGCAGCUAUUGCCUGCGCUGGAGUUGCUGGACGGCCGGCCGCUGCAGACGGCACCGGGCGGAGACCCUCUAGCAUGUCCCCUGAAGUCGUCAACCGCUCCAUCACCAACUCAGGCAGAUGCAUCCGUGGCUCCACCAGCCGCUCACUAUGCAUAUGCGACAGGGGCGCCCGUCGUGUCUUCUUCCGCCUUGCAUCAUAACGCAUCAGGAGCAAACGAGCCACGCAGCUGGGCCAUAGCAGCAGCAGCAGAGGUUUCUUCCAUGGACGAGUCCCAAGGCCAUCGAUACUGCACAUGUAAAGCAGAGGACGCUCAGCUUUUGGCAUGUUCCUUUGUACUUCCUAGGACAGGGUCUCUUGAGACAGCAAGUACUUCCAGGCCGUUGGAAGAUCUUGACCCGCUCCCGGGUCUGCUGGGAUUGAGCCUCCUAGAAGAGCUGCUCCUUGACGGGAACCGCAUUGAGAGCCUUGAUGGGAUUGAGUCCUUCUGCCAGUUGGAGUGCCUGGACAUUUCCCAUAACUGCAUCGCUUCCUUUCCCUCUGGCAUGCGAAAGCUGACACGCCUAGUUUUCCUCUGUGCUGAAGGCAACAAACUGCAGCAACUAGAGCAUCUCGGAGGACUCCCGGCACUCACCCAGUUGUACUUGAGCAACAACAACAUUCGAGCAUUUCGGUCUCUAAUGGACCUCUCUCGGUGUCCAUCACUCCGUGUGCUUGAUCUGCGCAACACGCCUUUAAGCAUGGAGGCAGAAUACCGUCCCUACUCUCUCUACCUCCUCCCGUCUUUAAAAGUUUUGGAUGGAGUUGAGCCAAGACAAGAGGAGAAGGAAGAAAUAAAGCAAGUAUUCGCUGGGAGGCUCACAAGGGAGCUGUUGGAACAAAUUAUAGGAAAGCAACUACCAUGCCUUGAAGGGUCAGUUGACUUAUCGGGUCAUCGCCUUCGCCAUAUUUCGGACAUCUUCGUCGGGUUUGGGUACCCGCUUUGCCAUGUGUUGCGGGGAAUUUUGCCUUCUCUGCAGCGGCUCGACUUGAGUUUUAAUUGCCUGCGCAGUCUAAAGAGUUUGGCAGCAGCACCGCUAGGGAGCAUUCGGGUACUGCAGUUGCAGGGGAAUGGGCUCUCACGGGUUGAGGGUCUUGGGAACUGUUGCCGUCUAGAGGUGCUUGAUCUAAGCGACAAUCGCAUCAGGAGGAUCCAUUCGGAAGGGUUCCAGGGAGCUUCUGAGACUCUACGAUGUUUGAUAAUGGAACGAAAUGGACUCAGGUCUUUGUCCGGCUUUCCAUUUCUACCCAAUCUGGAGGAGUUGCGCAUAGCUCAAAAUAGGAUACCGGAUUUCACUCAGACAGAAUACCUUGUUCAACUACCCAAACUGAGGCAAAUAGGGUUUCAUCAGAACCCUGCUUGUCAACGGCGUCAAUGGCGUUCGGUUCUAGCUGAGCAGCUCCCUUAUCUACAGUUUAUUGAUGGAGAAACUAUCUUAUUCGACGAGGUCAACAGGAAGCUACCAGCUGGUAUCCCGGACGGACUACCUAGUGCCGAAGACUCUGGAUUUCCCCUUUCCGAAGUGCUGAAUGACGAGACAGAUAUGGCGCCGGGGACAAUCCAGCAACAAUCGACCCUUGAGCAGCAAAUCCUGCAACAGCAGCAGCACCACCAACUACUUUUGGCAAAGGCGUCAAAGGUUCGAGUAGUGCAGACCAAAACUGAAGCCCUCCCAUUAGGUGGGCUCCCCAAAACAAAGACGCCGCCAGCAGCGCCGGAGGUGGUAGCGCUUAAUCUCGGCGUUGUGGGGGUAGGCGCUCCUGGUAUUUCGCCCAGCAACGGGACCGGUUCUUUGCUGUCUCGCCGCGAAGCGCCGCCAGAGACUGCAGGGCUUCAGACGCUCGGAAGUCAGAAAGGCUCCAGAGCUGCGGCCAGGUAUCUUCUGAAGGUGAACCGUUGUGGAGUUGGCAACGACCGUCACAUGCGUCCUCACGGUUCUGGCUGGAUAAAAGGCGACCUAUGCGGUGGGGGUGCUGACCGAUACACCAGAAGCAGCAGUACUGACGUCUGUGGCAUUAUGCCCACCUGGUGCCCCCCAGCUGCUACCUUUAUCUCCAACCUCCAGCAGCACGAGCCCCUAGAUCCUUCCAACGAAACGAGGCCUCACCGAGGGCUGGGCAUACCGUACACAGGGGGAUCACUAUCAAGUGGUAGCAGUGCAGGUACGCACUUACCUACAAUGCUGCAGGGGCUUUGCCUUCAUGCAGAUCGGGAACGGGGGCAAGCAAAAGGCACUCGAUAUAACGCGAGGCCUAAAAAACAUAAGAAAAUACCAGGCUGA